UUCCGAUCUCUAUUCUCUUCUCAUAUUCAACAAGAUUUCAGCAUUCGUCAUCACUGAAUCUGCAACAAAAGAUUUUUCAAUCCAUUCAAUCAUGGCCACACCAGAUGUUUUGCAGGCUGAUCAAGAUCUCUUCUCAUCAUUGUCUCUAUUUGAUCAUCCCAAAGGCGAUGCGAAAUCGAGAGGAUUGGCUAUCGAGAAAAAGAUCGAAUACUUGGAGAGCUUGAAUGGCAGAGUAAGCAACAGGCGAGCACGCAGAUGGAUAAACGAUCGUAUAUUGUUGGAGCUUGUACCUCGUUUGAGUGGAGACGAGAUUAGAGGCUUGUUUGCUCCACCACCUUGGGGUGAUGAUGUACCACUGUCACCAUUUUGCAUGACAAAUGUGGGGGAGUGGGACAAAUUUCGGAAUAUAGACAUGGAUAAAGAGGCUGGUGCUAUCAAGGCACUUAAAGGUUCGUCAUCAAAGAAGAAAAACCGUAGGGAUCCUGAUAAGGUAGCCGUGUUGACUGCAUGGCACAGGGUAGAUUGUCGAACUAGAGAAGCAUUUCGCCGAAGCGCUCUGCCAGAACUCGUUAACGGUUAUGAAGAGUGCAUACGAGCGUAUAUCUCAGAAACGGGCAACAACGAGGGUCUUGUGCUAUAUAUCCAAGACCCUUUCCAUAGGUUGUUACUGCACGGUGUUUGUGAGUUUUACAACCUCGUCUCCGUGACCGAUACAGAAACAAAAGGAAGAAAGGUAACAAAGAUCAAAAAGAAGAAGUGUGCAGCAGGCAAUAUGGAGGUCCCGAACAUGAGUCUUUGCCAGUUUCUGAAAAUGGCAAAAGAGGGAUUCUGGAAUUGAUCCGAUGCAUCUCAAUGCACAACAUUAGAAUUGAUAAAUUACCCUCCUCACCGGAAUUGAGGCCUAUGUAUAUAUGCUGCAAUUAUUUCUGUAAAUUUGUUAUGUAGUUAGGUUUAUUUCUCUUUUCCCUUUUCUUUUGUAGAAGGCAAUUGAGGAGUUGUUUGAUUGUUUUUAUGUAUGAGUUAGGCUAAAUUGUUUGUUAAACGACAUAAAUGAUCAUUUUACCUUUGAUGUUGAUAGUAUCAUAAUUAUUCUUGAAGUCACCCACCCUUCGUAACAAUAUCUGGUUUGUCAUGUAAUUAAAUUGGGUUUAGUUUAUACUUAAUGUAACAAAAAUAUUUUUAUAGAGUAAAUUAUGGUUUUUGUUCC